CGUCUACACGUGUUGAACAAGUGACUGUUUACAGUACUUGUUAGUCGUAGACUUUAGGUAGCACAUGCCAACAGAGAAUAGCAACAUUGUAGCUACUUCUUCUGUCAAACUACAGUGAUGCCGAAAGUGAAGCGAUCCAAAGGCGGGGGAGGAGAGACGAGCGAAGGAGCGGUGGCGCUGGCGGACCAGAUCCUGCAGGCGGACGCGCUCCGAGUCCGAGGCCGGGUGAAGAUCAGAGACAGCCGGACCGAAGACGAGGACAAGUACGUAGACGAGCGGCUAUCGCGGAAGAUCUUACAACAGGCCCGAAUUCAGCAAGAGGAGCUUCAGACUGAAUAUGGCCUGGCACCGGAGAAGAAGAAAACACCGGUCACUGUUCUCGGCUCUGGCUCUCAGGAUGCAGACUCGGACGAGGAGUGGCCCACGCUGGGAGCAGCAGGUGCUGGUGACGGCGAUGCAGAGUGUGACACGGAAGUCGUCGUUGACCCUGACGAUGAGAAGGCCAUUGAGAUGUUCAUGAACAAAAACCCCCCGAUGAGACGGACUCUGGCUGAUAUUAUCAUGGAGAAGAUUACAGAAAAGCAGACAGAGGUGGGAACGGUGAUGUCAGAGGUGUCAGGCUGUCCGAUGCCCCAGCUGGACCCGAGGAUAAUAGAAGUGUACAGAGGUGUCAGUAAGGUUCUGUCAAAGUACCGCAGCGGUAAAUUGCCGAAGGCUUUUAAAAUAAUCCCGGCGCUUUCAAACUGGGAGCAGGUUCUCUAUUUGACUGAGCCUGAGACCUGGACUGCAGCUGCCAUGUACCAAGCAACAAGAAUCUUCUCGUCCAAUCUGAAAGAGCGAAUGGCUCAGCGGUUUUACAACCUGGUGCUGCUGCCCCGAGUGCGGGACGACAUCGCAGAGUACAAGCGACUCAACUUUCACCUCUACAGCGCUCUGAAGAAGGCCUUGUUUAAACCAGGAGCGUGGUUCAAAGGUAUACUGAUUCCUCUGUGUGAAUCUGGGACAUGUACUCUGAGGGAAGCCAUCAUCAUUGGAAGCAUACUCACGAAGUGCUCGAUCCCUGUGCUGCACUCCAGUGCUGCAAUGCUUAAGUUGGCAGAGAUGGAAUACAACGGCGCCAACAGCAUUUUCCUGCGACUCUUGCUUGACAAGAAAUAUGCCCUGCCUUUCCGUGUCCUGGAUGCCUUGGUGGCCCACUUCCUGUCCUUCCGCAGUGAAAAACGUGUGCUUCCUGUGCUGUGGCAUCAGAGCUUACUCACCCUGGCUCAGCGCUACAAGGCUGACCUGGCCUCCGAGCAGAAGACAGCGCUACUGGAGCUGCUCAAGAUUCAAACGCACCCACAGAUCUCUGCAGAGAUUCGCAGAGAACUGCAGAACUCUGAGUCAAGGGAUGUCGAGAUCGGGCUCCCUGUUACAGUUGAAAUGGACUGAGGAGGAUUCAGUCCAGUCUGGCAUAUCCUCCUCCUCCCAUCUGAUGCAAAUGAUUCAUGGUUCGUUCAGCAUGAAGAAAACUUUGUUCAAUCCAACGUCAUUAUUCUUCCUGUGCUAUGAAAAGGCCGUUUCAAAGGUCGCAGUGUCUCAGGAAACAUAAUUCUGCUCUCAGCUUGGAUUGAAUUUGCACAUUUGAGGAUGUGCAUCAGUAGUGAUCCAGCUGUUAUAAUUUCAUACCAUGAAUCUGUUUUUCUGCAGUUGCAGUGCAGUGACCGCCUGGCAAAGGCUGGUAUUUGUGUACAUUUGAUUAAGAGCAACUUUGUUGUUUUGAAGCAACAGUUUGGAUUAAAAAUGAAGAGUCAGGGAUCAUGUGUUUCUCUCCUUUUUAUGUUCACAGCUGUUGAAGCGUUACACAAGAUGGAUGGUGAAAGACAGAAACCGCAGGGAUGAAUUGUAAUAUGUUCAAACCAGACAUCAUGACAUGACUAGUCGCGCAACCUGGUUUUUAAAACAUUUUCUUUACCUGCCUUGGUAUCUUCAAAUAGGAAAUACAGUUCGAUACUAUAAAUGUACCAAUUUUUGUUGGAACACAUUUGUCAAGAUUGUUUUGUUUCUGUCUUAAAUUGUACCAGCAAACAUACACACUCAUUAAUCCUGCAUCCAUUGACCAGAAACAUUUUUUUAGAAAGAGCAAUAAAAUAAAGGUCCUAGUC